UUGUAAAACUGAGUAGUGAAGCAAGUAGGAAAGUAGAGAACUCUUGUUCCAUCUUGUAGUACAAGAACAGAGAGACAAGCUAAUGAAGCUGAAUUGGAGUUAACAUUUAGACUGAAUCAUAUUCCAUGCUCAGAAUUUGAGCCAAUUCAGAUAUAAAGGCCUGAAGGGGCAGACUGUCCUCAUCUCUUCUUCUCUUAGCAGCCUUUUUGCUUUCUGCAGAAAUAUCUGGUAUUGGCUGGUGUCAAAGGGCGUUACAAAGAAUGGACUUCUGGUCUGAUCCCAUCUGAGGACAGUGGAUUUUAACCUGUGGUCCACAAGGCUCCUGAGGUUUUGUGACCUGUUCCUAAAGACUCAACAGAAGAUGCUAAACUUUUCCAGAUAUUCUUUUGAGCUGAAAAUAGCCUGUUUCUGAUGUUCACUCACAAAUUAUCCUCUAAUAGAAAGAGUGAAAAAAGCAAAAGCCAUCCUUUGAGAUUUUAAAACAGAUUUUCCCACUUGUGGCCUAUGCAAGAAUGAUCUCCUUGCUCAACACAAACAUCUGUGACAAGGAGUGCGAGUCUGAGCUGGGGGCCUCUCUCUCUAUGUCUGGAGAAGCACCCAUUAAUUCGAAAUGAAGCUUAUAAAAAUAUGGGGACGUGCUUGUGGAAGGCUAAUUUACUCCUUCCUCCCCACAAGAGCCUCUGUCCGUGCUGAAAGGGCAGGGUCUGGGGGCAGCGAUGUGCCCCCGGCCGCAGUGCCGUUUCCCGCGGGGGCCGGGCCGCACGGCGGCAGUUGGGGCCUCGGGGCGGUUCCUCCCGGGCUGGGCCCUCUCGGGUUCCAUCCCCGGGCGGGGCGGGGGGGCGGCCGGUGCCGGGCGGCAGCGAUGGGGGCACUGCCGGGGCUCCUGGUGCUGCUGCUGCUGGGGCUGGCGGGGUGCCCCGGUGCGCGAGGGGCCCGCCCCGCCGAUCCCCUCGCCGCGUGGGUGACCGUGCCGCGGCAGCUGAGCCCGCGGGCCGGCAGCGACACCCCGGCCGUGACCUACUGGCUGAAGGUGGCGGGGCGGCCGCGGGUGCUGCGCCUGCAGCCCCGGCGGGGCCUGGUCUCCCGGCCCUUCACAUUGGUCACCUAUGGCAAGGAUGGGACCCGCCGGGAGGAGCACCCCUUCGUGCGGGACAACUGCUUCUACCAGGGCGAGGUGCUGGGCAGCCCUGGCUCCCUGGUGGCCCUCAGUGCCUGUGACAGGGGCCUCCACGGAGUGCUCUGGGUGGAGGAUGAUACCUUCCAGAUCGAGCCCAUCCCCAACGAUCCAGCCUUUCGGCACAUCCUCUACCGCAUGGAGGAGGCCAACAACCACAUGGGCCCCACCUGCGGACUGACCCCUGAGAUGCUGCAGCACCAAAAGGCUGUGCUGCCCUGGUUCAAGGCUCCAAAGGCAGAGGAGGAGAACGAGGAACUGAAGGACUGGUGGACACACAUCAGAUAUGUCAAGAUAGUAGUGGUUGUGGACAAUGUGCGGUUUGUGAAGUCGGGCAGGAAUAAAUCUGAAGUCUUGAGGCAAGUCAUGGAAGUCAUCAACAUUGGGGACAUUCUGUACAAACAACUUUCUGUCCGGCUGUUUCUUAUGGGAUUGGAGAUAUGGACCGAAAGCAACUUAAUAAAUAUUACUAGAUCUCUCGGCAAGGUACUCAGUGACUUUAACAAUUGGCGAAAGUCAAACCUGUCCCGACGGAUGCGCCAUGAUGUUGCUCACUUAUUUGCAUUCCAGAGCUUUGGAAGCACCCUGGGAUUGGCAUAUAUAGGGACAGUGUGUGAUAACCACUGGUCAUCAGCUGUUGCUUCCUUCACUGAAAAAAAGUUGUCCGCAUUUUUUAUCACAUUUGUCCAUGAGCUGGGCCAUAAUCUUGGGAUGAGCCAUGAUAAACCAGACUGUAAAUGCAAACGAGAGAAAUGCAUUAUGUACGAAAGCAACGCUGACACUGAUGCAUUCAGUGACUGCAGUUACAAAUACUACUUUGACCUGCUUGUAAAAGGUGCUGACUGCCUUCGUCAACCACCACCACCAGGCGCUUUCUACACCUCAAAGCGUGAAUACUGUGGGAAUAAGAUAAUAGAAAGCGGAGAGCAAUGUGACUGUGGUUCAGAAUCAGUCUGCAGAAAGGAUCCUUGUUGCCACCCGAACUGUACGCUUACUGUAGGUUCAGUCUGUGCGUCUGGAAAAUGCUGCAAGAACUGUAAGGUCCUUCCAGCAGGAACACUCUGCAGAGAAAGUACUGGCAGCUGUGACCUGCCAGAGUAUUGCAAUGGGAUUUCCCCUCAGUGCCCACUGGAUGUCUACCUACAGGAUGGAACCCCUUGCAAAGAUGGUGCUUACUGCUAUCAAGGAAAAUGUUCUUCCCACAGUAAACAGUGCCAGGAUCUCUUUGGCAAACAAGCCAGGACUGCUUCUUUAGAUUGCUUCAAAGCAGUGAAUACUCAAGGUGACCGGUUUGGGAAUUGUGGUAUUCAUAACAAUAUCCAUUUUACAAAAUGCAGUAUUGAGAAUAUCUUAUGCGGUAGGAUUCAGUGUGAAAACAUAGUCAAACUACCUCCCUUGCAGAACCAUGUAACGCUAGUCCAAACUCCUGUUGGAGAUAAAAAUUGUUGGGGUCUUGACUAUCACGUAGGGAUGCCAGGAGCUGACAUGGGAGCUGUGGAAGAUGGCACACCAUGUGGUAGCGAUAUGCUUUGUAUCAACAGGACGUGUAUGAGUGUAUCAGUGCUGAACUACGACUGUAACGUGACAAAGUGUCAUGACAGAGGAGCGUGUAACAAUCGUAAGAACUGUCACUGCGAGUAUGGCUGGGCUCCUCCAUAUUGUGAAUUGGAAGGAUUUGGAGGUAGCAUUGACAGUGGACCCCCUCCAGCCAAGAAGAUUUCUCAGAGAGCAAAAGUAAGACUAAUACUACUUACUUUUUUUUGUCUCUGUUUCCUUGGAGUAAACCUUACCAUGCGUUAUAGACAGGAAAUAGUAGGAUGGCUUAGGAGGAUAAAGGCCCAAUUCCACAGAAUACUGCAGUUAUUUCAAAGACUGAAAAAACCAGAAGUACCUAAAGAAGACUCACCUGAUGGUGAGUCAAAAUCUACUGAAGACCAACAAGCAAGAAGACCAAUGCUCCUGGGGAAAUCUCUCUUUAGCAAAGCCAUCUGAUAAUAUCAUCAAAAUAAUUCAACACAUUCCGAAUAGCUCUAAUCUCAUAUGAUAUCAUUAAAUGCAGAGUAAAAGUUA